AUGGUAAAACAAAGGCACACUCCUAUUCACGGGGUUCAAGUUUUUAUGUUCGACGAUGUGAGGUUAUGCCACUGAGCUAUCCAUAUACAUUUUUUUGGUUUGUGUGCCCUUUUUUUUCUUUUUUACAUUUUAGUCUCAUUUUCCACCCAAAGCCCUGUCUAUGGCUUCACAUCUCAUGUCUCUCUUCUUCUUCUUCUUCCUCUACUCAAUCUUCUCCUUUAACUUGACCCAACAGCACCAUCCACUUGACCCACUCACUCCAUCAGAGCUCAAUCAAGUCCGAACCAUAGUACACGGGUCCAGACCAAGUCCACACCACAACCUGACCUUCCAUUAUGUAGGUUUAGAUGAACCACAGAAACCAACCAUCCUCUCAUGGUUGUCAAACCAAGCCAUCCAAAACCCACCUCGCCGAGCCUUCGUUAUCGCCCGUAUCAACCAUAAAACUCAUGAAAUUGUGGUUGACUUAACGUCUGGUUCGAUGGUAUCCGAUCGAGUCUAUCAUGGACAUGGUUACCCUAUGCUCAACUUUGAAGAACAAGUGGCUGCAGUCCAGUUGUCACUAACAUAUGCGCCAUUUUUAGACUCAAUUGGCAAGAGAGGGCUUAAGUUAGAGGAAGUUGUGUGUGGGAGUUUCACUAUAGGAUGGUAUGGAGAGAAGAGGGAGAGUAAUAGGGUGGUCAAAGUUAUGUGUUAUUACUUGGAUGGGACAGUUAAUCUGUACAUGAGGCCUAUUGAGGGAAUAACAGUGAUCGUUGACCUUGAUGAGAUGAAGAUCAAGGAUUACCGUGACAGGUUGAUGGUGCCUGUACCGAAGGCAGAUGGAACAGACUACAGAGAAUCGAAGCAGAAGCCGCCUUUCGGUCCACGUUUGAAGGGGAUAACAGUAUUGCAACCAGAAGGACCAAGUUUCACCAUCAAUGGACAUACAAUAAGGUGGGCUAACUGGGAUUUCCAUCUAUCAUUCGACAUGCGAGCAGGUCCAGUUAUAUCCCUAGCAUCAAUCUAUGACCUCGACAAGGAUGAAUAUCGUCGAGUUCUCUAUAAAGGGUUUGUGUCAGAGCUCUUUGUGCCAUACAUGGAUCUAACAGAAGAAUGGUACUUCAGGACAUUCUUUGAUGCUGGUGAAUAUGGGUUUGGUCUCUGUGCAUCAUCACUCGAGCCAUUGAGGGACUGCCCAGAAAAUGCAGUUUUCAUGGAUGGGUACUUCACUGGGCAGGAUGGCACACCAGGAAAGAUUUUGAAUGCGUUGUGUUUAUUUGAGCGAUAUGCCGGAGAGAUCAUAUGGCGCCAUACUGAAGGUGGAUUUCCAGGGGAAGUGAUAAGAGAGGUUAGACCAGAAGUGAGCUUGGUGGUGAGGAUGGUAUCAACUGUUGGUAACUAUGACUACAUAGUUGAUUGGGAAUUUAAGCAAUGUGGCUCCAUCAAAGUUACUGUUGGGCUAACUGGUCUGCUAGAAGUGAGGGGAUCAGAGUACACCCACAAAGAUCAGAUAAAGGAGGAAGUCUAUGGUACAUUGCUGGCAGAAAACACACUCGGUACAUACCAUGAUCAUUUUGUGACCUACCACCUUGAUCUCGACGUGGACGGUGAUGCAAACUCCUUUGUCAAGACUAGCUUGAAAACUGUGCGUGUAACUGACAAUAGAUCUCCAAGGAAGAGUUAUUGGACCGCUUUAAGUGAAACGGCUCAGACCGAGUCUGAUGCUCGGAUUCAGCUCGGCUUGAACCCGGCUGACCUGUUAGUGGUGAAUCCAAACAAGAAGACCAAGGUGGGGAACAAUGUUGGCUACCGUCUGAUCCCCGAAUCCACGGUGGGUCCACUACUAACGGACGAUGAUUACGCGCAAAUGCGUGGGGCCUUCACUAAGUACAAUGUGUGGGUCACACCAUAUAACGAGUCUGAAAAAUGGGCUGGAGGAUUAUAUGCUGAUCAGAGCCAAGGUGAUGACAACUUAGCCGUAUGGAGCCUCAGGGAUAGGGAGAUAGAAAACAGGGACAUUGUGUUAUGGUACACGUUGGGCUUUCAUCAUGUACCAUACCAAGAAGAUUUUCCGGUGAUGCCAACGGUUAGCAGCGGGUUUGAGCUCCGGCCAGCCAAUUUUUUCGACCGCAAUCCGAUGCUCAAAGUAAAACCUCCCAGAGAUGUUAAGUGGCCUUAUUGUUCCAAAAUAGAGAUGCCUUAA